CUUUCCAUUCACGUUCCUAGUCUUUAGGCUCAUUAUCCGACAUAUCGAUCAUUGUCUAAUAGGGGGUUUGAAAUUUCAGGGCGGAAAUCCAGUCAUGGAUGGAGAUCUCCACUAUAUGAGAACGGCAAUUGGAGCAACGUCGAUUGAAAAUUCUGGCCGAAGAUUAAACCGGAGGAUAGCUUCUUCAACUUAUGAGUCUGGGCUUUCAGUUUUGUUAAACUGUGACCCUUAUCUAUGUAAUAUGGUUGCAGUUCCAAAACUGAAUCGAAGGGGUGCAACAGAAGAGAAUAUAAACCGGAUUAGAGACAUUGGAUUAUUGGAAGACACCAUCAUAGAGGAACAAGUAUUAUGCUUUUGGCAGAAAAGUGCAUUUCAUUAUGUAAAAAUUGCUGAUGUGAAGUUUUAGAAAGUGUAAUAUUAUCGUAUAUAAUAGUGCACUUUUAUAUAUAUUUGAAAUGCACACGAUAAAAGUGCAUUUUAUUUUGUAGAAGUGUGUGAAUAUAGAGCUUCAUGGAAUCUAAUAUAAUAGUGUACUUUCGUAUACAUCUAAUAUACACGUGACAU